AUGCAAGCCGAGAGCCGGAUUCUUCACAUCGGUUGCAUUCUCAUCUCAACUUCUGCUCUUUGCUUCGCAGCAGCUAGGCCAGCCACCUGCGCUUUGCUCCCACCUCCGCGGUCGAAGCAGCUGGCCAGAACGCCAUCUACUUCCUCUGACAGAUGGCAACAGUCGUCAUCCGUCAGCCUGCUGCAGGAGCCAGUGGAGCGACCGCUGAGCAGGUACUUACACAAGCAGGAUAGCUACUACAAUCGAGUAGUUCCAGAUUGGGACCUGCAGAUCAAGACGCUGGAGCAACAGUACCUUUAUGAAGGUGAUUUUUCACUCCUCAUCAAAGAGGUGACGGAAGAAGGUGCUGUUGUGCAGGACGUUACCACUGGAGUCUUCGGCUUCCUCCCAGAGGGAAACUUCGGUUCUAUUGGAACCGACGUGUUGCCCGGUGAUGUGGUAAAUGGGGCCAAGUGCACCUACUUGGACAACACCAUUAUCCAAAGUCCGGAUCCUUCGGUUCUUCGGUUCCAGACCGGAGUCGUCUUUGAGUGGGAUGAGGCUGCGGGCGAGGGCUACAUCGUUCCAUCCGAGGAGCAGGAUGCCUUCAACAUGAUCCGAGCCCUUCGCCGAGACAUUCGGUGGCAUGACAGCCGGCGUCUCUUUCCUGGUCAGUUCGUGCAGUUCGAGACCGCGCUGCCUCAUGAGGUGCCUGUGACUUCGGAAGAGAACCCUCGAGCACCCUUGGCGCUGCGCGUGCGGGGCCUCGAAGUCCGAUUUUCCCUGGAAGAUGCCUACGAGCUCAUUCCCGAAGGCGCAGCCGAACCUCUAGUGCUGGAGGCGGACAAAGCCCCUUACAAGCUGCCGGAAAUCAGCGAAGCUGACGACGGUGAUGGGCGAAGCUUGACCGACCUCGAGCUUGGAGGCGGCAAGGACGUCUCCCUUUCAAUGGACAUCGCCAAAAAGGAGAUGGCACCACAGCGUAACGCCUUCCCUGUGAGUCCUGCAAGACCUGAGCUGGCAUCCAAGAAGAAGGUUCACCCGCUUCUCCAGCGGUUCGCAGAGGAAGAGCCCCUUCUGGCCGAGGCCGAGAGUCCAUCCUGGAUGUGGCAGCCGCACUUGGAAUACCUCAAGGAAGAGCGCUACGAUCCCAUCGUGCCUAUCCAGCUUCGCAAGAUGCCGGUGAAGCCAAAGCGAAUCCGAAUCCUCUCGCACGAGGUGGCGCUCGAGCGUGGAGACACCUGGCAGGAAGCUGCCCAGCGGCGUGGCUUGAGGCUCUGGGACAAACAGAAACCUCCAGGGCGGAAGCAACAGGAGUAUCUAUCGCAAAAGUUGCACCUUGAGAAGACCCGUGCCAAAGCGGAGAGAAUCAGGCGGAGGAAGUUGAAGCUGGCGGCCUUGGAGAAGCAGCAGAAGCGGCCGUGGCGAGCGUGA